AUUGCCGAGUCAUGGAUGCGUGUUGUUUAACAUGCGCACACGCAACAAGGACAACAGCGGUACUAACAUGAGUACACACAUGAGACCCGGGAAGGCUAACAGCUAACAGCUAACAUCUUAGAGUGGACUUCUGCAGUAACCUCUGUUACUGACACUGGAGUGUUAGCAUCGACUGCGAAGUGGACUGCAAGCUCCUGGGAAAUAAGCUGCAGCCAUGGUGUUCAUGCACAGUUACUGCGAAGCCAAUUCCUCCAUCUCCCAAACCUGGGUGGAUGAAGGCAUCUCCCCCUGCUUCUACUUCACUCUGGUCCCCACCAUCCUGCUCACCAUCGCCUUCUUCCUCGGUACCAUCCACUCCAUAUUCUACCAGAAAUAUGGCACAUCGAUGGAACCCAAGUUCAUCCCACGCUCCCGCCUCUACGGUUUCCAGCAGUUCAUCUCCGGCCUCCUGCUCCUCCAGUUUCUGGGUGCGAUGGUGUGGCGGGCCGCCAGUGGAGGGGAGCUCCCGGGAUACGUGGUGCUGUACGGCUGCUUCUCUGCGCUGGGCUGGGCUUGGGCUAUAGCUCUGCUCAAGGUGGAGAGGCAUAGGGCCCUGCUGAUGGACCGGACUAGGGGUCACAGUGUGGCCCUUCUGCUGUUCUGGGCUGUGGCUUUCUCUGCUGAGAACCUGGCCUUCGUCUCCUGGUACAGCCCUCACUGGUGGUGGGGACUGGAGAACAAUCAGCAGCAGGUGCAGUUCGCCCUGUGGCUGCUGCGCUACACCGGCACCGGGCUGCUCUUCUUCAUUGGUCUCAAAGCUCCAGGGUUGCCACGGAAACCGUACAUGCUACUGAUAAACGAGGACGAGCGGGACGUAGAGACGGGCAGACAGAGCCUUUUGGGUGGAGAACCAAACCAGUCCACCUGGCAGGGCUUCACCAAGAAGGUCCGCAUGCUGGUUCCCUACAUGUGGCCCCGAGGCAACCUCUUCCUCCAGAUGCUGGUGCUCUUCUGUCUCACGUUGCUGGGAUUUGAGAGAGUCAUUAACGUCUUUGUACCCAUCUUCUACAAGAAUAUCGUGAAUGAACUGACUGACGGCAGCAGCUGGAGAACUCUGGCUACGACCGUGUGUAUUUAUGUCCUGCUGAAGCUGUUGCAGGGCGGGGGUGCAGGCUCCUCUGGUUUUGUCAGUAACCUGCGCUCGUUCCUGUGGAUCCGGGUGCAGCAGUUCACCAACCGCGUGGUUCAGGUGCGUCUCUUUGCACACUUGCACUCCCUUUCUCUGCGCUGGCACCUGGGCCGCAAAACCGGCGAUGUGCUGAGAAGCAUCGACCGCGGCACGUCGUCCAUUAACAGCCUGCUCAGCUACAUAGUGUUCAGCAUCGUCCCCACCAUCGCCGAUAUUGUCAUCUCCAUCAUUUACUUCAUCACGUAUUUCAACGCCUGGUUCGGCCUUAUCGUGUUCGUCUGCAUGGCCCUGUACCUAGCUCUGACGAUCAUCAUCACUGAGUGGAGGACCAAGUACAGACGAGAGAUGAACCAGCUGGACAACAAAGCCAAGACCAAGGCCGUGGACUCCCUGUUAAACUUUGAGACGGUGAAAUACUACAAUGCAGAGAACUACGAGGUCAGCCGCUUUGAGGAUGCCAUCUUGCAAUAUCAGGUGUCGGAGUGGAAGACCCAGGCGUCGCUGGCCUUCCUCAACCAAACACAAAACCUCAUCAUCGGGUCGGGCCUGCUCGCCGGCUCCCUGCUCUGUGCCUACUUUGUGACGGAAGGAAAGUUUCAGGUUGGGGAUUUUGUUCUCUUUGGUACCUACAUCAUCCAGCUGUACACCCCCCUCAACUGGUUUGGAACCUACUACAGAAUGAUCCAGAACUCUUUCAUUGACAUGGAGAGCAUGUUUGAGCUUUUUGAAGAGGAUGAAGAGGUGAAAGAUGCAGUGAAUGCAGGGAGUCUUCAAUACAAACAGGGAAAAGUGGAGUUUGAGAACGUCUACUUCAGCUACGUGAACGGCAAGGAGAUCCUCAGGGAUGUUUCCUUCACCGUGCUUCCGGGACAGACAGUUGCCCUGGUGGGACCAUCCGGCUCAGGGAAGAGCACCAUCGUGCGACUCAUCUUCCGUUUCUAUGACGUUCAGGGAGGCAGCGUGAGCAUCGACGGGCAGGAUAUAUCAAAAGUGAAGCAGGUUUCUCUGCGGUCUCACAUUGGCGUGGUUCCCCAAGACACAGUGCUGUUCAACGACACCAUCCGGAACAACAUCCGCUACGGACGCAUCUCCGCCAGCGACCAGGAGGUGGAGGAGGCGGCUGCGGCGGCUGAUAUACACGACAAAAUCAUGACGUUCCCUGAAGGUUAUGAAACGCAGGUCGGGGAAAGAGGUCUGAAGCUGAGUGGAGGAGAGAAGCAGAGGGUGGCCAUCGCCAGGACUAUCCUCAAAGCGCCACAGAUCAUACUGCUGGACGAGGCCACAUCUGCGCUAGACACCCAGACAGAACGCAACAUCCAGGCCUCGCUGAAUAAAGUCUGCACCAACCGCACAACAGUGGUCGUAGCUCACAGGUUGUCCACUAUAAUCGGAGCAGACCAGAUUCUGGUUAUCAGGGACGGCCGGGUUGCCGAGCGAGGACGACAUGAGGAGCUGCUCGCUAAGGGAGGCCUGUAUGCAGACAUGUGGAUGAACCAGCAGCAGGCCCAGGACUGCGACUCCUCGUCAGACACGGAAGCCAAAGACCUCAAGUCUGAGAAAAUGCAGCCCGCCUCGACCUCUGCACACCACCACGGUCACUGAUGUCACUUUUUAGUUUAGUUUUUAACUUUUUUGACUCAAACUGAAUGUGAUUUGGAGAGAAGAGGAGGUGCCUUAACGGAACUGAGGCUGAGUUAUUGGUUGCAACUAAAACUAUUAAAACAGAAAUCCAUCCUUAGUUAUUAUUUCAAAAUGUGAUGAAAAGUAGUGCAUUUAGACCCAUGGAUUCAUCAGGGUAACUCCCAGUGUUUAAAUGUCCUGCCAUCUUUUAGCUUUGUCUUUAUUUUUUUAUAUUAGACAUGACUUUUGUCAUUUUAUGCAGUCUAAAUUCAAAGAUAUGUUUGUUGUAAGUCCUGAUAUACACUAUUUAAAGAUAUAACGGGAGAGGUGCAAGAAAUAGGCUUGAUUACAAUGGAUAUUUAAUUGAGCUGUCAGGGUUUUUAUUCAGCUUUGUUUUAUUUAUUAUAUUACUUUGUUUUUAGUAGUGGAUAUCAGCUGUUGUUUAAACUGUAAGUGAUACUUUUUUAUCUACUAUGAUCUCUAAGGUAAAGAGAGGUGUGUUGCUCGGCUUAAGGAAUGUUAAACAUUAAAGAACCCGUGAUUUCUUUUCUGAAGAACUGACUUUAAACUGGCUAAUUUACAUAUAAAGUGGCGCAGGCAAUAAAGUGGUACAUGGAUAUUAAAUCCCAGAUAUCAGUCUUAGCUGCUUCUUUUGCAUAAAGUCAAAUGAUUUGCUGUGAAACAGGUCAAACUUAAUAGCUCAUGCAGUUUUAAGACCAACCAUUAUUCUCCCUUCAUGUAUUUGUAUAUACAUGCAGUCAUAUACACAAUUUCAAAGUAAGAAUUUGCAAUCAUUUGAUGUAAUAUAUCUUUGUGACAUAAGGUAUUGCUCAUGAUGUUUUUGUAAAUAAUCAGUUUUGACUUGCACUUGUAAAUAAACGUUUAUUUCCAUGUA